AAUAACAUUUUCAAUUCGAGCAUAUUUAAUCUAAAAAGUUGCUGAGUUGUUAGCAUCCACCACGCCCACUAACAAGCUAAUUAGCCGCGCCCUAAAUGAUGCCCGAAACUGAACGCGACUCGUUGUUGGCAGCGGAAAUGAUCAGCGGCGCCUUGGCGCAUGGUUAUGGCAUAGUCAGAGACAAACAACAGCAACAACAACAACAGCAGCAACAGCAAUUACAACAACAUCAGCAAUUACAGCAACAACAGCAGCAACUACAACCUGAUCCUGCAGCAGCUGCCUAUAACAUGGCCAUCAAUUCAUAUGUCUACAGCAGCUCAUUGACCAUACCGCCAUCGGCGGCCUCAAUGGUCAGUCCCAGCAGCAAGGAGAAGCUGGUGAAUAUGCUGCGUGUACGCGAUAACAACAACAGCAACGGCAGCAACAGCGUCAGUCCCAUCUCCGCGAGCAGUUCACCCACAACAUUUCUGCAAAAGCAGUUGGAGGCGCCGCCCAGUCGUCAAACUGCACCCCAUCAGCAACAGCAUCAGCAGCAGCAAAGACGUUCUAUAACUCCCUUUGGCACGAGCAUAUCGACGACAACAACAGCAGCCAGUCAGGCAAUUAGCUGGCAUGCUCAUGUCUAUGCCCGACCACCCAAUAGACCCACUCCCCACUCAAUAGCCGACAUUCUGGGCAUGGCCAUGGCCGAGAAGCUGGCGUUUGAGGGUACAGCAGCAGCUGCUGUUGCUGCCACAGUCAGUGCCAACAGUUUGGCGACAUCACCAAAGAGUAUACUGCGCAACAUUGAUCAGCAGUAUGCGCAACAGCCUCAGGAGCAGGAGCAGCGCACAGAUCGUAGCGCCUCCAUGAGCGAUGCCAGUGAGGAGGAAAGUGCAGUCAACGUCAACGUCAACGUCAACGCCAACGCCGCAGCAACAGCAGCAGCAGCAUCCGUUGUGGCAAGUGUGACGGAAACAGCCGCGCUCGAUCAGCCAUUGAAUCUGUGUGUGGCCAAAAAGUCACGUGACAGCAAUGCGUCGUCUCCGAUGCCGGCGGCCAAGCAAAGCCAACUGCUGGGCAAAACACACGCCAAAAAGGAGCACUCGGGCAAACCGGCAGCGAAAAAGAAAAAACUAAUUGUCGAUCUGCCGCCGGCAAUUAGUCCCACAGGCAGCAGUGACAGUUUAAUGCGAGAUAAGCUGAUGGCCAACAACAAUUCGCCGAGCAGCACAACCCAUGCCGCCCUGCCGCCGAGCAACAACAGCAACCUGGAGACCACCGAGGAUGAUUCCGAUUCGGGUUCAACGGAUGCUCGUCGCAAGAAGAAAGCGCGCACCACAUUCACCGGUCGUCAGAUCUUUGAGCUGGAGAAGCAGUUCGAGGUUAAGAAAUAUCUCAGCUCCAGUGAACGCACCGACAUGGCCAAGCUGCUGAUGGUCACUGAGACUCAGGUGAAAAUUUGGUUUCAAAAUCGUCGCACAAAAUGGAAAAAACAGGAUAAUGUCACAAACAACGAGGCUGCCGAGCACAAAUCUACCAAGCCAACAACAGCAACAACAACAACAGCGGAGCAGCAGCAGGCUAAGCAAAAUAGCAACAGCAACAACAAUAGCGUUGCUGAUGAUGCCUCCAACCCACCAGCAAUCACGGCCAGCAAUGUUGAUGUGACGCCGAAAAAGUCAUCCAAUGGCCAAGCGGAUAAAUCGCGCAACAACAACAACAGCGGCAACAAUGGGUUAACAGGCGGUAAAGUUGGAGACAGCAAAUCGCAAGCCAAGCACACGACGACAAAGAUUAAAAAGCAAUUGAAUGCAUUGCUGGAGAAGGCAACAAAAGCCGCCAGCAACAACGCAUCAACAAAUGGAGCCAGCGAAGCAACAACAAUUGCUGCCAACAACAGCAACAGCAACAACAACAGUAGUAGCAGCAGAACAGCCGAGAAGCAACAACGCAACACCAAUAACAAUAAUAUUGGUGAAACCUUUCAUCAUCAUCGGCUGCACCAGCAUGCCAUACCGUUGACGGUGGAGCCGGCGGCACCCUUGGAGCAGACCGAAAAGCUGGACAUCAAACUGGAGGAGUCGCCAGCGUUGAGCCUGCAGCGAGCAGCUGCUGCGGCAGCAGCCGCCGCUGCAGCACAAGAAAACGGUUGCAGAUCACCAGCGAAAGCGUUGCUGGCCGAAAUGGAUUUUGAGAGUAAGCUGGCCGCCUCGAAGAUAUCGAUUGCACUGGCCAUGGCCAACACAAAGUUGCCGAACGAUGUGUCGUCUAAAAUGGAAAGUGAGUCGGAGGAUGAUGAGACGGCUAGUGACCCAGGCACCUCGACAGAGGCACAGGAUUCACAGGAUCGCGAUGUGCAAUUGGAUUAGACUUGUGAAUGCCCAUUCAAGUCACAACCAAUCAGCACCAACGCCAGCACCCCAACACCCCCUCAAACACCAAGCCAGUCAAAUUAACUUGUGCCAAAAAGUCGAAUAUUGCUCAAGCACACGGCCAGCUUCUUCAUGCAAAAACAUAUGUAUGUUGUUUGUGUGUGUGUGUGUGCUUGUUAGUUAUAAGGCAUUUACAUAUUUAUGUAAUUUAUUGAAUGUAUAUGUAUAUGUAUUUGUAUGCUUAAGCACUAAUCUUAAGUAUAGGCUUUGUAAAUGUUGCCAUUAGAAACGCAUUUUUAAAUGUUAAAUGAGCUGUAUUAAAAUAAUAAUCGAACCUAUUUCAACUUUCGAAAAUUUCAUGUGAUAAAGUAUACGAAGGGUAGAAAGCGAGCGUCAAUAACAGCAACAAAAACAACAUAAGAAAACAACAACAUCAACAGCAACAAGAAUUUGUGAAUCCACGUUAAUUACAAAUUUAAAUGUACUACUACACUAACUAUAAACUAUGCGAGUGUUUAAGCCGAAACAGUCCUAAGUGUACACUGCUAUUAUAUGGAAGAUUAUAAAUACAUAAAUAUUUAAUGUGAGUGUUUGUACAAAAAAACAAAACAAAAACAAAACCAAGUACAUAUGGCACGGUUCAGCAGCCGUUGCAUAUUUUAAAUUCACAAAUUAAAAUAAACAAUUCAGCAACUUAAA